GGAGCUUCAUUUAAAUUAGAAAUAGACCCGGGUAAACUUUCUGAUGUACGGUUCACCCGUACACCCGGGUGUAGGAUAUACGAACUCGUAUCACUACAGAUUUGGAAUAUAUUUACGGAGUAUUUAUGUUAUGUUUUUAUUCUCCAUUAUUGUACUAGUAGUAAUUAACUAGGAAACUUCCUCACGAUAAAAAAAAAAAGAAAAACUAGGAAACUUCCUCUUUACCUUAUUGUUGACUGAUACUAUAAUAUCGGUAUACUCCUUGGCAAGAACACUUUAUUCUUAUUCUUCGUGUGUUUCUCAUCUGAUAUAUUCCAAAUCUGUCAGAGGUUCGGCGGUUAUAGAGGUGGAGGAGGAGUUGUGACGGUUGCAGAACAAGCAAAUAGCAGAGACAUUGAUACAGAGGAUUGGGGUUACAGCCAUUGACUUGAGUGAUAGAGCUAUGGAGUUAACAUCAAGUAAUGCUGAAAGAAAGUUGUGCCAUCGCCCUUAUUUUCCAACACCGCAACAGCCUUUGCUAUUUUUCCAUCAAAAUGAAAAUGGCAUACUUUAUAACAUCACAGAGCAGUGUUACUACAAAAUUGACACAUCUUUCAUGGAUAGCAAGUAUGUGAUCAGCGGCGGCGCCAAUAGGGAUGGAUGGAUGGUAUUGCAAGAUUGUGACACUCGAGGUGUUGCGCUUGCAAAUCUUUACUCACAUGCGAUGAUCCAGCUCCCGAAAUCAGAACUAUGCAUGUAUCGUCGCCCGGAUCCAGAUUAUGGUUUAUUAAGGCGUAAUUUUGCUUGUAUUUCGUCCAAUCCUCGCGAUCCUAAUUGCUACGUUGUCUUGGUUGAUUAUGACCACACUAUGUCUUUUGACUUCUGCAAAAUUGGAGACACCGAAUUUAAGAUGAAGACAUUAACAUCAUUUGAAGAGGAGAGGUUAGAGUCCAUGACAAAUUUUGAUGGGAAGAUGUAUGGGUUGAUGAACACCACUACUUUGGUACGUAUCGACUUCAAUGGAAAUGAUGUUGAAUUUCAUGAAUUGAUAAAUGAUAAGUUUACUUAUAAGCUGUCAUCAAGAACUAAAUAUGACUUGCGGAUGAGGGGCUAUAUUACUGAAAGUUGUGGUGAAAUCCUACUAGUUGCCAAAAUUUAUCUUGGGCUAACUACAUAUAAUCGCCCCAAUCAUUACCCAAGUUAUUACCCUGUUGAAAAGAUUAGAGUUUUCAAAGCAGAUUUAUGUGCCCGAAAAUGGGUGGAGAUGAAGAGUAUAGGAGAACGUACCAUUUUCCUUGGAUGUCAUGGAGGCAUAUUUUGCAUUAACAGUAAUGACAAGAACUCAGGUUUGAGAGCCAAUUGCAUAUAUUUCUUGGAAGACGACGACAGAAACAUGUAUGUUUUUGAUUUGGAAGAUAAUAGCGUCUCUGUCAACCUUCCUUGCUCUCAUGUCCGUAAGCGGGAAUUGACUUCCCUAUGGAUGCUAUGAUAGUAUUAAGUUAAUUCAUGUAAUACACAGUUCAAAUAUUGAUUCUUCUUUUGGCAGAUUUAACUGCAAUUCGAUAAUUAUAUAUUUAUUGUAUUCAUAUCAAGUUUAUGAAAAACAUUUCAGAACUAGACUUGCACACUACACGAAUGGAUGGAGCUUCAUAAACUUUAUCAAAAUUUGGUUAAAAU